UAUUGGUCACAAUCAUAUUAAAAUAAAUUAAUCGUUUAAUUGUUCUUACGAGAUAUUGUCGAUCGAAGAAUACCAUGGUUACUUACUACUAACAAAUAACACCAAUGCCAAUGUUUCAAUGCAGCAACGGUUCGCAGUUUUUAACAGAAAACUUCUGAGUGUAGAUCAAUCGGUUACGAAUUUGUUAGAAUUCAAAAGGAUUUACUCAGAAAGAAAGACCUAGUAAUAAAACAUAUACUAAUAUUAUAGUAUAAAAAUUAAUCAAUUUUUGGCAGUGUAAUCUUUAAAUAUACAUUGUACUCAUAUUCCGCUGAUAAUGCUCAGUUUAUUAACAACAUUCCAAGGAAGCGUCAAGUGUAAAGUGUGGAAAAAAUUGCGGUUGUUUCACGCUACGGACUUUCAAUCGCUGAUGUAUCCCUGCUUCACCUUUUGCAGCGUUCUCGGAAUAUUCCCGUACAAAAUCAAUGGCUCGACUUUCGAGACUUCCAAACAACGUUACAUCCUAUCAACUGUUGUUCUUUGUGUCCUCUGCAUUUAUGAGCUGAUAGUGCUUUAUGAGAUCGACAUUACUCAAACGAUCAAAUUCAAAGGUGUCCCGAAGACACUUGAGCGUAACUGCUUUUACAUACUUGGUAAUUUUAUCGCGAUCGUUACAUACAUUCUGAACGGUUCUCGAAUGCACUUGCUCCAGAACAUAAUGAAUGUCUCUUCGAAUCUGCCUCUCGAUUCAUAUCAGAAGCUGUCUAAAUUGAUCCAUAUCAAAGAUAUUAUUGGUUUCUCCUAUUUAAUCUGGGAAAUGGUGUUUUAUUAUUCCACCUUGGAUUUCGAUACUUGGCAUAAAGCUUUUGUACCGUAUCUCAAUUUCCUGAUCUUCCAGACGGAUAUGCUAUAUAUGAAUUGUGUUUGUAUAUUAAAGGCCUGUUUCAAAAGAAUCGACGAUAAUCUGAUGAAUUUACGGGAGCACGUGGUAAACGAUCAGCCGCAUCUCCUAAGGCGAGUCUAUCACGAGCAGAGAAAUUCGCUUCUGUUAAAAGAACUCAAGGCUUUGAAGAAGCAGCAUCUGGCGAUCAGUGACACGGUGCACAAGUUAAACAUGAUUUUUAGUCUACAGCUUCUUGCUACCAUAGUUCUGACUUUUGCCGAACUCACUUUCGAAUUGUACUUUUAUAUAAUGCAUUGGAAAAUCGGCAUGUUAAUGAACAAUGUCAGCCAUCCGAUUUAUGAUUUUCUUUUGGCAGUAUCUAUGACAUAUUACACUAUAAAAAUUGUGUUGAUAGUAUGGGCCUGUGAUACUGGCAAAGAUCAGGCCACGAAAAUCGGCAUCACCGUUCAUGAACUGCUUAAUGAUAUUACAGAUGAGCAAAUCCAAGACGAGUUGCAGUUGUUUUCCUUGCAAAUACUGCACCGCGAAAAUGCGUUCUCCGCGAAGGGUCUCAUUGUGGAUGCUACUCUUCUCACUGCAGUAAGUGGGCGAUUAUUUAUUUCUUAAUUAAUUCGACGUAUAUUGUUUAUUUUCUUAUUUCUGAUUUUAGAUAGUGGGUAACAUAACUACAUAUCUAUUAAUCUUAAUACAAUUUUUAAUUGCCACGAAUUUUUGCAAUGGAAAGCAAGCACAUAAUAUUACA